AUGAACAAACAGUUGCAGGUGCAUGUUCAAUUGGAUUCAGGAAAGCCCGGCGUUGAAAAUAUGAAAACAUAUUACUACGGAUCAGUCUUCCUUGUAAACGAUGAGGCUUCUGCUCUUGAUAGCCGGAAUGUUUCUGAGUUGGUCGUCGAAAAAGGCCUUGACAUUGUUUUGAGACGUAAUGAUAUCAAGGUUGCAUCAAAGUAUUGCGAUGCCCUUUGUACUACAAAGUCAACGAAUUCUGGCGUGGAUCCUCCAGUCAUAAUAGACUUGUCAAAUGCAACAUGCGUGGAAGCUUGUAAAGCCUGUGAUCAUAUAUUUUCAUGGGGCUUUGGUAAUAAAUACCAGAAAGUUGAGGGUAUUGUGGAAUCUGUAACCAACAACAAGAAUAAAAUUAUACUACUGAUUCAACGCAAAGAGAAAACGUGGAAGAUUCCCUUCUCACUUAAAGGUGUGACAUGGCCCAGAGGUGAGGAGCCCUAUGCAGAUGAAGCAUUUGAACUACUGAGGCAAAGCAUAGUUGAUAAAAGGGUGGAGGUUCUACUGGAGAAAUUUGAUUCUGAUUCAGAUGGAUAUUUUGUGGGAACUUUAUUGUUGGAGUCAAAUACCCAUGUGGCAAUCCCCCUCGUAAAAGCUGGGCUUGCAAAAUUGGAAGCACAUUAUCCCAAAGGUUAUCGCAACCAAGUUAAAGAUGUUCAAAUCUCUCCGCAAAUGAAGAGAAUGAAAAUCUGGGAGAACUCAAGUGCCAAGAAGAAGUCAAAAGAUUCGGUGGCUCUAGAUGGUUUUCUUUUCAUCUUCCUACAUAUAUAA